UUUCACAAAGUGCACUUCCCUAUUGCUCACGGAGCAAGCAGACAUGGCGAGUCAAGUUGCAGUUCGUUUUGUGGAUAAUAAUGUCAACAUGGCCCAGUGGAAUCAGUUGCAGCAGUUGGAGACGCGGUAUCUGGAGCAGCUGUAUCACCUGUACAGCGACAGCUUCCCCAUGGAGCUCCGACAGUUCUUGGCCCCCUGGAUCGAGAGCCAGGACUGGGCGUAUGCGGCCAACAAGGAGUCUCACGCCACGCUGGUCUUCCACAACCUGCUGGGCGAGAUCGAUCAGCAGUACAGCCGCUUCCUGCAGGAGAACAACGUCCUGUACCAGCACAACCUGCGGCGCAUCAAGCAGCACCUGCAGAGCAAGUAUCUGGAGAAGCCCAUGGAGAUUGCCCGCAUCGUGGCCCGCUGCCUGUGGGAAGAGCAGCGUCUACUGCAGACGGCCACCACUGCACAGCAGGAUGGCCAGGUUGCCCAUCCCACUGGCACUGUGGUGACAGAAAAACAGCAGAUACUGGAACACAACCUGCAGGACAUCAGGAAGAGAGUACAGGACAUGGAGCAGAAGAUGAAAAUGUUGGAGAAUCUGCAGGAUGAUUUUGAUUUCAACUACAAAACUCUUAAGAGUGCUGGAGAGCUGUCCCAGGACCUGAAUGGAAACAGCCAGGCAGCAGCCACCAGACAGAAGAUGUCUCAGCUGGAGCAGAUGCUAAGCGCUCUAGAUCAGCUCAGGAGGCAAAUAGUCACUGAGAUGGCAGGACUGCUGUCUGCCAUGGACUUUGUGCAGAAGAAUCUGACAGAUGAAGAGCUGGCCGACUGGAAGAGGAGACAGCAGAUCGCUUGCAUCGGUGGGCCACCAAACAUCUGCCUGGACCGCUUGGAGACAUGGAUUACUUCUUUGGCUGAGUCACAGCUGCAGAUAAGACAGCAGAUCAGAAAACUGGAGGAGCUUCAGCAGAAGGUCUCGUAUAAAGGGGACCCCAUUAUUCAGCACCGUCCAGCUCUGGAGGAGAAGAUCGUAGAUCUUUUCCGCAACCUUAUGAAAAGUGCAUUUGUUGUGGAGAGGCAGCCUUGCAUGCCCAUGCACCCUGACCGACCCCUUGUCAUCAAAACAGGAGUUCAGUUUACCACCAAAGUCAGGUUACUUGUGAAAUUCCCAGAGUUGAAUUACCAGCUCAAAAUCAAAGUGUGUAUUGACAAGGAGUCAGGUGACGUGGCAGCCAUUCGAGGUUCACGCAAGUUCAACAUCCUUGGCACUAACACUAAGGUGAUGAACAUGGAGGAAUCCAACAAUGGCAGCCUGUCAGCAGAGUUCAAACAUCUGACUCUACGAGAGCAGAGAUGUGGCAAUGGAGGCCGAACCAAUAGUGAUGCCUCUCUGAUAGUGACCGAAGAGUUGCAUCUGAUCACAUUCGAGACAGAAGUCUACCACCAAGGACUUAAGAUCGACCUUGAGACGCACUCUCUCCCGGUGGUGGUCAUCUCUAAUAUCUGUCAAAUGCCAAACGCAUGGGCCUCCAUCCUGUGGUACAACAUGCUGACCAACCAUCCCAAGAACGUGAAUUUCUUCACCAAACCUCCUGUAGGAACAUGGGAUCAGGUGGCGGAGGUGCUCAGCUGGCAGUUCUCGUCCACAACCAAAAGAGGACUUACUAUUGAGCAGCUCACCACACUUGCAGAGAAACUUCUGGGUCCCUGUGUAAACUACUCCGGUUGCCAGAUCACAUGGGCUAAGUUCUGCAAAGAAAACAUGGCAGGAAAAGGUUUCUCAUUCUGGGUGUGGCUGGACAACAUUAUUGACCUGGUGAAGAAAUAUAUUUUGGCCUUAUGGAAUGAAGGGUAUAUUAUGGGUUUCAUCAGUAAAGAAAGAGAGAGAGCAAUCCUGAGUCCAAAGCCUCCUGGGACGUUUCUGCUGCGCUUCAGUGAAAGCAGCAAAGAGGGAGGAAUCACAUUCACGUGGGUCGAGAAGGACAUCAAUGGUAAGACCCAGAUUCAGUCGGUUGAACCGUACACUAAGCAGCAGCUCAACAGCAUGUCUUUUGCUGAGAUCAUCAUGGGCUACAAGAUCAUGGAUGCCACCAACAUCCUAGUGUCGCCGCUGGUCUACCUGUACCCCGACAUUCCCAAAGAGGAGGCGUUUGGCAAAUACUGCCGCCCUGAGGCCCAUCCAGACACUGAGUUCCCUGACACAGGAUGUGUAACUCAACCCUACCUGAAGACCAAGUUCAUCUGUGUCACCCCGUGUCCUUCUGUCUUCAUGGACUUCCCGGACAGUGAGCUGCUUGGGAACGGCUUCCCUGGGACUAACUCUGGCAACACAAGCGAUUUGUUCCCAAUGUCGCCUCGCACGCUCGACUCUCUCAUGCACAACGAAGCUGCUGAGGCCAAUCCAGGACCUCUCGAAUCCCUCACUCUGGACAUGGAGUUGAGCUCUGAUCAUGCGUCACCCAUGAGAGAAGGGUUUGCAGCCUCCACAGUCUCGGAUAUGGACACCUGCCGAAAUGCUUAGUUUUCCAAGAUUUUAGUUUCAUUUUUUUUUUUUUUUUUUUCCAUUGGGAAAAGCAAUUUUCAUGUAUAUAGUGAGCUUAGGUGCUACAACUGCUUUCUCUCUCCGAGCCAAAUUUUGCAUUUCUUUUUUUGAUUUUACAGUCAGUCAAAAGUGCAAACAAGCUAAAGUUUUCAUUUCAACCUCGACAAUACUGAAGUUGACUUUAAAAUUAAAAAAAAAAAAAUAAUAAUGGUUACACUGUAAAAAAUGCUUUUCUUGUUUAAAGUUUUUGUCUUGUUUCUAGUCCAAAUAUCUACAAAAUCUUAAAGGGCACCUAUUUUACCCCUUUUACAGGAUGUAAUAAUCUUUUGGUGUCUCUAGAAUGUGUCUGUAAAGUUUCAGCUCAAAAUACUCAUCAGAUUAUUUAUUAUAGUAACCAGAAUCUGCACAUUUCGGUGUCUGAAUACAGUGUAGCUGUUUCUGUAGCAUGUCUUUAAAUGCAAAUAAUCUACUUCUCCCCACCCACCGUUUCCACAUGCGUGUCUGCUUCUAUUACACCCCAAGACUAGGGGAAAACAACAUGGGCUUAAUAAACGGGGGAAAAAGUGUUGUGGGUGGUGGAUUUCCCAAACAAAACAAAAAACUUGAUGCAAAAGAUCCCCCUCGGACAUUCAGAUGAGAGUGGUUGAUAGAUUUAUUAUAGAAAAAUAGGCCAAAAUAACAAACAAAAGACAAAGUAAAUGAACUAAAUUACUUAUGUAUAUUUAAAGAAAAAUACAAGAAGCUUACCUUCCUCCUUAAAUAUAAACAGUCAAAAGUAAUCAAAUAAAUAGGCAGGCCACCUCUACAAGCUCAAACUCUCAAAACGUUGCAAGCAUGAACAGUUGUACAAGACUAAAGGUUGGUCGUCUGCCGGAGAGGUAGGGAAAAUCCAGAAGCUCUCCACUCCCAGCAACCCUUGCACCACAAAUGAGCUCCCCGAACCCUUCCGUAAGUUCCUUUUAAUAGGCCUCUGCGACCAGCAGUCAAUCAGAGCUUGGAUCACAUUAGAAUGGGAUUCUAUGGAAUAACAGAAAACAACAGAAAAUGCGGAACACAUGCAAGACACAUGCAAUGCGCAACAAAAAAUAAACAAAUACUUUAGUCGUAACAGCUUCUCAUCAUGCAGUACGUCAGCUAAACAGACAUCAGUGAUAGAGACAGACACUGAUAAAGCUGAAAUACAGCUCCAUUAGUCAAAAAUACCAAGUAAGUUUAUUACAUGUAUUUGUGGAGGAGUUUAUUUAAGCCUUUCUGAAAUGAUGAGUCUCACACAAAUGCCGUUUGCAGUACACACAUAUAUAUGCCGAGUACAAUUCCUGGCCGAUGCUUCCCCCUUCUCUGCUCCCCAUACUUUCCUGUCUGUUAAUCUCCACUGUCUUUAUUAACCCUAAACAUUUUAAAAAUAAUUAUUACAAACAUGCUCUGUUUUAAAAAUGUUUUAAACUGAUAAAACUUAUACAAAUCACAGAGAAUUGUAACAGAUAAUUCAGUCCCAGUUUCUUUGCAAAAAAUUGACAGUUAUUAUAGAAACAUGGUGCCUGUCAAUCAAUUCAGUGGGUGGGGAAAACUGCAUUUCUACUUGACAAUGUGGUGGGCCUCACAAUCACUAGGAUUUGGGUCCUAUUUUAACAUCAGGAAAUAUUAAAAAAACAGACUUCUUGGGUCUACAGAACUCCAAUAUGGCAGUGGACACACUAUAUCUAAACACAGUUCUGUCCAAACAGCUUCCAAAAGUUCUUUUUCAUCAUAGGUGCCCUUUAAAACAAGAAGCAUCUUCUAGACAAGUAAGAAAUUUUGUAUGUUUUCAAAAAUAUUUAGUCGAAAUUAAGUUAGAUUUUUCUGUCAAACAAGCAAAAUAAUCUGCCAUUAGGGUGAGUAAAAUGUUUUUGAUUUCAAAUUAGUAUCUUACUUAACCCAUUGGCAGAUUAUUUUGCAAAAAAUAUAAGAAUUUUUACUCAUUAUACCUAAAAGCAAAACAAUAUUUUUUAUUUGUCAAAAAAUACUACUUGAUUUAAGAUUUUUUUUAUAUAUUUGGACUAAAAUCGAGACCAAAAUUAAGCAGGAAAAAAUAUUUAAAUGUUUUAUUUUUUUAUUACAUGUUGAUUUGAAUGGUUUUAAACUUUGAAAGAGCUUUCAACAUGUUUAAACUGCAAACUUUUGGCCAUGACUGUAUUGUUGCCACAUCUAUUUUUUAGGAAUAGGAAAAAAGCCAGUCAUUUGUAUUGCAAUGAAUGUCCAGUGUGUUCGCAGACAUGAAGCAUAUUCCGAGCUGUUGGCAUAUAGAGACGGUGUUUUGAUCUUUUGAAAUGAGUAAACUUUACAGGAAUACAGAUAAUCGGCAUGAUCUUUCAUCAUAUUGAACCUAAAACUGGAUUCAGAUCUUGAUUGGGCACUCAAGCAUCAUUAAACGGUCAGAUCAUAAGUUGUAAAGUGACUUUUUAUGCAUGCACGUCUAUGAUAGCUUCGGUUUUACAUGAAUAUACUGUAUUUUAAUGUCGCUAAAAAUGUUUUACUCUUUUAUUAUAUGUCUUAGGGAAGCCCAUGGAGGAAGAUAAAUGUCUGAAUAUAUAUCUUGCGCUGAAUUUUUCGCCAUAUUACAGUGUCGCCCAUAUUUGGAUUGCAAGGUAAUUCUUGCACAGAGCCAGCAGAAAUAUAGAUACACAUCCAAAUACAUGCACAUAUACAGAAGCAGCAAUGCACACAUAUUUAUAAUUUUACUCCUUAAAUCUCUCAUCUGUUGUGUGAUCAUCAUGCAAGAUACACUUCAAAUGGAAAUAUGAUGGAAAAAAAGAUGCUUCUUUGUGUACUGUUUCUCAGUCUGUUCUUCCUCUCUCACUUUAUAGUGUGUAUACUGUUAUGUGUAUAUGCACUGCACUAUGUAUAUUCUCUUUGUUGUACAAUGAAUUCUUGAAGAGAAA